AUGCUCUUCGACUUCACAGAAUUUUGUUUGUCCCACAGCCGAAGCGAGUCGGCUCUCAACAGCCCCACGGAGCCAGAUAUUUCAUUAGCAGCUUCCCUAACAGAUCCUCUUGAGGCGCAUACCCUCGACGAAGCUCGGAGAACCAUCAGAGAUCUUCGUAUGAAAUAUCGAGCGCAGGCCCAUCAGUUAUUGACAUGGCGUCGCGCGCAUCGAACCCAAGAGGAACUAGUCACCCGUCUUCAGCGCGAGAAGGCUGAGCAGCUCAAAUCAUUAUCCAGCCAACUCCUCUUAUUCGAAUCACGACUGGUUCGUAAACAGAAGGAGAUCACUAGCAUGCUAGCGUUACGAGAGACGAUUAUAAUCAAACAGCAGAAGGUAAUCGAAUCUCUCCAGGCCAAGCUACUAGACAAUGGCAUUGACACAUCACAGAACAUCCCAGACUUCAGAGAUAUGUUACAGGACACUCAUAUCAUAGGUGACUUUGACUCCCUCAACGAUUCAGAUUCAGCGGUCAUCAUGGAAGACGUUGACUCUGACUGCAGCAACUUGCCCAAUGUACCGAGAUUUAGAUCCACCAACCCAGACACCGUCACUAUAGUCAGAUCUAUCUCUGACGCUAUCGAUCCCAAUCUAAAGUACAGCAUCGUCAGGCGCUCCAACGGAUUCUUGAGGAGACCGGAGAUUUUGGAAACCGUUUACAGUGUUGAAGAGGAAGCGGAUAACGAAUCAACUAAAGGUCUAAGCGCACAGAACAGCACGGAGAAGGAAUUGAAAGAUGGAAACAAAACUGACGAACAGAAAUGCAAAGAAACAACGCUCCUCGCACAGAGACGAGAUAACUUCCGCAUGAGGAGCGUAGUGUUGACGGGUGAAGUGAAAAGUAUAGAUAACGACAAAGAAGUUAAGCCGAAAACUAGCGGCGAAUUAUGGUCCUAUAGCUAUGUGCCAAAAAGAAUGAUGCCCGCCAACGAUUCGGACGAAGAAGCUACUUCGAACCCAGAAAGCGAUGAAGGAGAAGCGGAACCUCGCUCCAACCCGGUAGUGACUUACAACCGGGUCAUGUCCAACCAUAGGAACGUGACCAAACCUAAAGACGUCAAAUACAAGAGAAUAAAUAAAGCCAAGUCAAAGAGUUUAGAGGAACUGAGAGGCAGAUUAAAGAAUUGGGUUGAAAAGGGGAAUAAAUUAACGGACAUGCCAUUGGAGCACGCUCAGAGCUACGCUUGA